UCAUGCUGCUGCCAGGUCCAGAGUCUCUCAUGGGUCCCUGUACGGCCUCCCAUUGCUGCUGUCUCCAUCGCCACACUCUGCCAUGUGCCACUUUCAGGUCUCCUCACACUGCUGGUGUGUUCCAUUUUUUGUCAUAGGGUGCUGGCAGAUUACGGGCCUCCCAUAGCUGCUGCCAGGCCCCUAAUCUGCCAUGGGCCCCUAUACCGCCUCCUCAUGCUGCUGCUGCCAAGUCCAGAGUCUCUCAUGGGUCCCUGUACGGCCUCCCAUUGCUGCUGUCUCCAUCGCCACACUCUGCCAUGUGCCACUUUCAGGUCUCCUCACACUGCUGGUGUAUUCCAUUUUUUG